CACACACACACACACACGCACAAACACACACUCCACGCGCGCGCAGAGGACCGCAAUGCACGUAACUGUAAUUGGCAUGAAAAAACGCUUUGUGAGAUGUUUGUGUGUCUUCUUUAGCACGGGUGUUAUGUGGGACAGAGCAGCAGACGUCCAUAGAAACAGUAAAAAAGUAGAACCAUGUAAUAUUUAUGGAUCCAGAGUUGUGCGGGUGCCUUGGGUAAACGAAGUCGAUUGACGCGCGCGUUAAACCAGUCGCAUGUGAUUUCCAGCUUCAGUCAUUUUGGCAGCACGAUGCGAGAGAGAGACAGACACGGAGCUGUGAAACUGGACCCUCUGCCAGAGAUGUCGACGGAGAGGAAUCCCUGAAACCGCCGCUACCCAGGAAAUAUGGACAAAUCUGGUUUUCUGUGCGAGUGCGGGCUGUUUUUCUGUCGGUUUGUGCACAUCGCUACAGAGUGUAGUGGACCAGGAUGCCGUGUGGGCGAUGCUGCCACAAGGGAUACAUUGUGAUUUCGCAGAGAUUUUUUAACAACCCUUGCAUAAAUUAAAAUAAGAAAGAUCGUCACACAAGGGAUUGGAGUCAAAAGGAUCUAAAACAUCACCACCUGUUACUAGAAAAUCAGCACAGCCAACGAUCAGGGACCGCCAGGAGUGAAACCCUUACUACACGAUAGCCUCAUUCUGCUCUUCAGCACCAGCUCUUCAACCCCCACAGCCGGCCAGGAGAGGUGAUAGUACUGCUCUCCAACCACCCAAGUCUGACAGCCAUGAUUCGGGGAGGCCCUCUGCUACAGCUCAGAUCAGGGAUCAACUCACUGCUUGAUGGCUAGAUCUCACCGUACAAUGAGCUGGGGACCUUUCUACUGAGUAUCUCUCACUGCGUAGUAGCACAUGGAUUUCAAGACUUCAAAUGAAGAGACAAAGACUGGGAUUUAUUUGAUGCAAGAAGGUAAUGAGGAGCCGUUUAAUAUUCGACUACACUUGGCCAAAGAUAUUCUGACCAUUCAAGAACAAGAUGUCAUCUGUGUGUCAGGAGAGCCCUUUUAUUCAAGUGAGAGGACUGUAACGAUCAGGAGGCAGACAAUUGGAGGGUUUGGCCUGAGCAUCAAGGGUGGAGCAGAGCAUAAAAUCCCUGUUGUGAUAUCAAAAAUAUCAAAAGAACAAAAAGCUGAACUCUCCGGGCUGCUUUUCAUCGGAGACAGCAUCCUUCAGAUAAAUGGAAUAAACGUUAGAAGUUAUCGCCAUGAGGAAGUGGUCCAGGUUUUGAGAAAUGCUGGUGAAGAAGUGACUCUUACUGUCUCUUUCCUAAAGAAGACUCCUGCCUUUCUGAAACUGCCUCUGUGUGAGGACUGCACAUGCAUCCCUAGUGACCACAGUAGUGGGACCUCCUCUCCUCUGUGUGAUAGCGGCCUGCACUUGAACUACCAUCCUAACAACACGGACACGUUGUCCUGCUCGUCCUGGCCCACGUCCCCGGGGCUUCGCUGGGAGAAGAGAUGGGUGGACCUGCGCCUUAUUCCACUGCUUCACUCACGCCUGUCGCAGUACAACCCGGGCUCUGACGUCUGCAGGAAAAAUGCUUUCCAUGUCAUAGCUGUGGACGGAGUGUGCAGCGGAGUUAUACAGUUCCCCACAGCUGAAGACUGCUUGGACUGGCUUCAGGCAAUAGCGAGCAACAUUUCCAGUCUCACCAAGCACAAUGUAAAGAAGAUUAACCGCAAUUUUCCAGUUAACCAGCAGAUUAUCUACAUGGGCUGGGUCGACGAGAAGGAGCAGGACUCCGUUCAGGACCGAAUGUAUUCACCAAAGUUCCUCGCUUUGAGGGGUUCCUCACUCUUCAAGUUUUCAGCACCCCCUGUGACAACAUGGGACUGGACCAGAGCAGAGAAGAGCUUUACCGUGUAUGAGAUAAUGUGCAAGAUUUUAAAGGAUAAUGACCUUCUGGACAAGAGGAAGCACUGCUACAGCGUCCAGACGGAGAGCGGGGAGGACAUGUUCUUCAGUGUGGAACUGGAGUGCGAGCUGCUGAUCUGGGAAAAGGCUUUUCAGAUGGCUACUUUCCUGGAGGUGGAGAGGAUACAGUGUAAAACGUAUGCCUGUAUCAUGGAGAGCCACCUUAUGGGACUGACAGUUGACUUCAGCAAUGGCUUUGUGUGCUUUGAUGCAGCUUCAAAGGCGGUCCUGUGGAGAUACAAGUUCUCCCAACUAAAAGGGUCAUCUGAUGAUGGAAAAAGCAAGAUCAAGUUUUUAUUCCAAAAUCAAGACUCAAAAUCUAUUGAAGCUAAGGAGCUGGAGUUCUCAAACCUCUUCGCUGUGCUUCAUUGUAUUCAUGCUUUUUUUGCUGCCAAAGUCGCUUGUCUGGACCCAAUGUUUGUGGAGAGCCAAGGCACCGCGACUACCACUGGGUUUCCUUCUCUUUCCAGUAUCUCAUGUAAUUCACAGACACUUAAACUCAAAUACACCACCUGACAGGCCCUUCUAAAAGGAUGCUGCACUUAAAUUGUGACCGUGGCCUAAAGUGGUGAACAGGAGAACUGGAACAUGUUCAAAUCAUGACAUUAAGGGUGGACAUCGGUGGAAUAAAAGACCUCUUUGAGAGGGAUAUACUUGAUAUCUUGGUAGAAGUUUCAGAUUCCUAGGAUUUCUGGAAUAAUUGUGGACCUAACCAUCAACCUCUACUUUGGGAAAUGUCACACAAAGACGCUGUGGACACAAAAUGUGUGAUUGAAAAUGUUUUUAAGUGAAUUUGUCCUCAGAUAUCAUGGUGACCAAAACAUCACAAAGAAAACUGCAGUUCUUUUCCCAAGGUAGUCUGCUUUUCUAAGUAAGUUUAUUCAAGAUUUGGAGAGUUAAAACAAAUCAGAUUUUAGCCUUUUUGUUCCACGUCAGACGGUACAUGACUUGAACUUCUUGUUUGUCUGGACACUGGAUAUGAUGAGGCUUUCUAUAUUUCUAUUUCUUUGUGUGUUUUUGAGUUUAAAAUGUUUACCUACAGUCAUACUUGAAUUAGUACAAUUUAAUUUCCACUGGAGAGUCCAACUAAAAGCUAAAUGGCAACAUAAAUCUGAUUCUGAAUCAGAAUUUUGACAACACUUAAUUACACAGACGUUUGCUGGCAGCUUUGGUUGGAUUAAAUGAACGCUUUGGAUGUAUUUGUGUAUGAAUAUACUGAGUAACCUCAUUUAUGUUUCUCUGUAUAUGAAGUUUACCCACAGGUUGAGGUCAGAAUAUGACUCUUUCCUGGAUUACUGGAUAGAAAGGCUGUAUGAAGGUGUAGUUUUUCUUGUACGGAUGAAAGAAUGACACUUUGAUCAUCACUAACCACCACACAACUAUAAUCUGACAAUACAACUUCUAAACAUGCUAAGAAAACACUUUCCAUAAUAUUUAUAGCAUUUCUUUCCUCAAAACGUGAUUAUGUAAAUAAACACUGACAUUCAAAUGACCUCAAAGAAUUAUGAAUUAAAGCGAUUACUGUAGGGAUUAUGACACUUGUUAAUUUGAUCACCAGAGAUGACCAGGUAGAUGGAGCUCAUAACCUUGUGCUCUCUUCAUCAUUUACUAAAUGGACCAAUUCUGAAGAAUACAAUCAGCUAUGGUGUAUUUUUGGAUUAUUUGUUUUACUUCAGCUUGUAAAUAUAACAACUUUUCAUUGACAAUUGAGAAAACGCACCUGCAAGGAAAACAAAAAUAUAUAGCAUUGUGGCCUCCAAAGGUUUAAGAUGACCCUUUAAACUUCAGUCUGUAUUAAACUGUUUAUAAAUGAAGCAGAGUGACAAACUAAACUAUCAUAUUCAAAAAAGAGUUCAGGUCAAUUAGCACAAUUAGUCACGCUCUUACCUUCCAUUUACAGAGUAGACUCCAAACAGUAGAGGCCCAUGGGUAAGUAAACUCUAGAGGAUAGCAAAUUAAAUGGGGUCAGUAAAGUGCUUUGUACCGUGCGGGCUUGUUAAGCUGACCCAAGUGUCUGAGGGAGACUAAUGGUGGUGUAGUCUAUGCAAAGAAAGUCUGAGUGAUGCUUUUGUGCUUUAAAAUGUUUCUCAGUUGCAUAUACCCAUAUAACACAGGAUCUAGAGAGGGAGGUUUAUUUUAUUUUUUGCAGAUGUUUUAUUAACAAAUAUGCUGUAUAAUAAAUGAAUAAAUAAGACCUUUUAUAACAUGG